GAAUUUCACCUCCAUUUUCUUUGUUUUGCUAUUCUGACAGUGUCAUCCAAAUUUUUUCUCAAACCAUUCAAAUUACUAAAAUUUUGUUAGAUCAAGAUCACCGAUCAAGAAAACUGGUCAAUCGCAGUCAAUGGCAGCCGCAAUGGAUGUGGAUAUGGACGAAAUGGAGGUACCAACAUCCAGCAGUUCUAAGGGCGAGAAGAAGCGAUUUGAGGUCAAAAAAUGGAAUGCAGUGGCCCUGUGGGCUUGGGACAUUGUGGUGGACAAUUGUGCCAUUUGCCGGAAUCACAUAAUGGAUUUGUGCAUCGAGUGUCAGGCAAAUCAAGCAUCAGCAACGAGCGAAGAAUGCACUGUGGCAUGGGGCGUCUGCAAUCAUGCCUUCCACUUUCACUGCAUCUCCAGGUGGCUUAAGACUCGACAAGUGUGUCCUUUGGACAACAGAGAAUGGGAGUUCCAGAAGUAUGGACACUAGGGGAGCAAGCGUUCAAUCUAUUCAGUUUUUGUUCUUUGUAAGCAACGUUUGCGGAUAAUCUCUAAAUUGUAUUUAUGCUUGGCCGGACUAGUUGUAAAAUAAAGGCUACAGGUUUUUCAUUGCA